AUGUGCAAGGGUGGGUGUUCAAUGCUGACUCUCACUUGUCCGAAUGAGCGAUUGCUGGAGGAGAUAAGAUCUUUCGAGAUCACGUCGCCUGUGUUGCAUGUUGGAGCUGCGAAGAGAGACAUGCUUGGCUACGCAGCUAAUAUCAUGACCCCAGUUCCCACUGUGACAUCAUUCCAGCGCCCAAAAUCAAGCUCUGCAGGGGGUGAUUCGAACGUGACCGUGCCAAAAAAAGCUCAAGGUCACAGUGUUAAGAAAUCGGCUUAUGGAUUCACAAGCGAUUCGGAAGGAUUGAAGUUUAACAAGCGUGGCUGGCUCCAAUGGCCUUCAGGCUAUGUGUGGUAUAAUGCUACGCAAACCGUUAACGUUUCUACUGUGAAGGUGGAUGAUAGUUGCGAGAUUAAUGCAACAGUGCAACAUAUCUACCGUUAUUUAGAUAUGAUCAAUGUGCAUCAAAGGCCCAAAGGGUUCGCGCGGCGCGCGCGGUCGAGUGAUCGUGAUCGUCGGAGCGCUCCGAGUCCAAGAGCGAAUGAAUCCCCGCGAUCACUGCCACGAGUCAUGACGGAAACUUCGAAAGCUAGUCUCCAGUCUUUGUCUGUCCUCGUGUUGGGGGUAACCAAAACGAAUACCGAGGACACGUAG